AUGUAAUUUUAUUAAAAUUUAUAUGAUGAAAAUCCUUACUUUAAUAGAUUCUUCUAGGAACACUUUUUGUAUUAGGGAUUCAAUAUUUAAUUAAAUGAUUUGCCUCAUUUGAAAACCUAAUUUAAUUUAACAAACAAAGAGAAUCUAAAUUUGACUUGGAAAUAUAAAUAAGACAAUCAGAAAUUUGUUUUUAUGGCAAACAAUAAGAAUACAAAUACAAUUAUAAAAUCAUAAUCACAAGAUUAAUAAGUAAAUGAAUAUUUGAUAUUAUAGUAAAUCCAAUAUUAAUUUCAUUUAAUCAAUAGAUCCAAUAGAUAUAGUAUUUUACUUGGUUUAAAAUACAAUUAUGAAAAGGAUCUAUUAACAAAACAUACAUUUACUCCUUAAAUUUAGAUCAGUUAGAAUUCAGGAAACAAUUCAAAUUUAGAUGUUGGAUUCAAAUAUAGUUAUUUAAGCAAAAAAGAUAAUAUUAAUGUUAGAUUUAACAUAUUUUCAUCUCUAUUAAAUAGAUAAAAUACAGAAUAUUAAUUAAUUGGCAAUUUUAUGAAACCAUAUAAAAUAUAGAUUGGAUUGUAAAAUAACAGAAUAUGGGUUGGUUUUAUAUAGAAAGCUAAGAUUUUAAAUACAUAUAGUGUUGCACUUUAUAAUAUUAAUAAUAAGAAAUAUGAUGUGAGUGCCUAUUUUCAAAUAAAUUCAAUUGAAAAUAGAUUGAAUAAUAAAUUAAAAUUUUUAAUAGGUGUUUCAACAGAAAAGGAAAUAUUAGGGAAAAUUGAUUUUUUGACAAAAGUAGGAAUAUUGGGAUAUUGUUUAAAAUGGCAACACGUAAAAGGUAUGAGUAUGGGAUAUAAUAUUGAAAUAUGA